AUGGAGACUGCACCGGGACGGAGCAGCGGACGCGUAACUACGAGAACGAACUUUGCCCUGGAUGAGGAUGAGGAGAGGCCGUUUACAGCAGAGAACAGCGAGGAGCCUCCUGCGACUCCCGGCGUGAGCCGCGGAGGAGGAGGAGGCUCUGAAGAGGAGGAACACAACGCCUCCACCAGCGCAGAGCUGCUGUACCCUGUAAACACUGAACAAUUCACCGCCGCAGACUGGAGCCCGUGGCUCAGGUUUGCACCAGCCGCUGGGAUGUCCUCUGGCCCCUCGGACAAGCCCUCCAGCUCAGACUUCUCCUCCAGAGCCGUGCUGUGUCUGAUCGAGGCUGUGGGUCGACUCUGGGGAUUGUACGACACUUGGGAACGCUCCCAGCUCUUCCAGAACGUCCAAGAAGAAAUGGCGGCUGAAGGACAUGUGCAUCCUGUAGAGAAAAUCCGCCGCAAAUGGAACAACCUCAUUGUCACCUACAAGAGGGUGAAGGAGCGCGGCCGGGACAUGGGCCACGCCAAGACAUCAUGGGAGUUUUUUGACCUGAUGGAGGCCACACUCUCUGACACUGUGGGCUCUCAGAUCAACAACAAACGCACCAAACUGUCCAACCCUCCGCCCGGCCCUGUGACCAAAGUCGUCGUCAAACCCCAUCUUCCCCAGACCGCCGCGCAAACCCCCGACGUUGCGAGCGGUCUCCAGUCCACCGCCGGCAACGCGUCCCCCUCCUCAAAUACAGCACCGUCCGGUAACGUGGACCUCAACAACGCCCACCGCAUCACCCACAAAGCCCCGCCCACCGGCAUCCUCCCACUCCGUCUCCGCAGCGCGCAGACGAACAGAAACACGUCCAACGCCUGUCGCUGGUCGGCCGCCUCUGUCUCACUCGCGCCGUCGUCUGGAGCUGAAAACGAAGGCGGCGGCGACGAGGAGGAGCAGUCCGCCACAGCGUCGGUCAUGGAGGUUCUGAAGAGGCAGGAGGAGCAGGCCGACGUGGACCGGGUGGAACGACGCAGGGCGGAGAAGAGGAGGGAGCGGAGGGAGCAGAGGAUGGUCGAGUCUUUGGGCAGAGCGGCCACGGCUCUGGAGCUGCUGUCGUCCAAACAGGACACAGUUAUAGCGCUGUUACAGAGACUAGCGGACAAACACUGA